AUGGCCAACAAUUCAAAAGAUCCAGCCGAACACCACAUCCAAGCACAAAACAUAAUCGUUAUCCAUCCUGGAUCGCACUACCUACGCAUUGGCCGUGCGUCCGAUGUAAAUCCCGUCCGAAUCCUGCACGCGAUUGCACGACGACGCAAAUCUGGCGGAGAUGUCCAUAGAGACGGUGUGCUUCCGCCGGUAGUUGAGAAAACAAAGGAAUUACUUCAAGAGCUGGAAGAUUGCCGGCUGCAGAUAACGCACACACUACAAUCGUGCGUACAGUCGAACGGCCAGCGUCGAUAUGCCACUCCACCGCAACAGAUAGCCGCGUUCAAUAGACGGUCACAGCCGGAAUUGGUUGCGGACAGUGAAACCGAGUGGCACGAUAAGCAUGGAAGUGACGUUGUGAUAGGGGAGGAUGUGCUGCUGCUAAAACCGGACGGUGAUUAUAAUGUCCAUUUUCCAAUCCGACGAGGCGAGCUGAAUCUGCACGGUGGAGUUGGUGGUUCACUGUUCGGUGUUAUGACAGAUUUGCAGACGAUAUGGGAGUAUGUGCUUCACACACGGCUCCAAAUCGAACCGAGUGAAAUGCGGCAGUACCGGGCAGUACUGGUAAUACCGGAUAUUUACAACCGUGCACAUUUGCGAGAGUUUGUUACGCUGCUGCUGAAUCACAUCGGGUUUGGGUGUUGUUUUUUGGUGCAGGAUCAUGUAGCGGCCACAUUCGGCGCCGGUCUCGGGUACGCCUGUGUCGUCGAUGUUGGCGACGAAAAAACAUCCGUCUCGUGCGUGGAGGAUGGUAUAUCGCAUCCAAACACACGGGUACGAUUCGAUUACGGUGGAGCGGAUGUAACGCAGGUGUUUUACUGGUUGCUACAGAAGUGUGCUUUUCCCUACCGGGAGUGUAACGAACGGACGCCCCUGGACGGUAUACUAUUGCGCCGGUUAAAGGAAGACUUUGGACACGUAAAUUUGGACGUUUGUGGUUCGCUUGAAAAAUCAUUCGCCGUGCAGCACCCCGGACAGGCGAAACGUAACUACACGCUACAAGUAGGCGAUGAAGCGAUGGUUGCUCCGUUAAGUAUUUUUUUCACCGAACUGCUAGCGAUAACUGGUGCGAAUCGAACUGCACCGAAAACACAGAAGGGCUGCUCAUCACAACCACAUCCGGAAGAUUGUUUCGAUGCCGAAUAUUUAAGAGAAACUGGACGUCGCAAUAAGGAAAACCUGGAGCAGUCGGCCAUCGACAGCGGUACCCUAGCAAACACGGAAGCACCCGACGAAGAUCUCGUGGUGGAUGGAUUGGACCAGGAACGUGAACCAAAAUCUAACGAUCGAGAUUAUCUGCUUCCCGGUGGACAACUGGUCGGACUCGAUCAAGCCAUCAUACAAAGCAUCGAACGUUGCUCGAGCGAUGAGCUGAAACGCAAAAUGUACGGUUGCAUUUUAAUUGUUGGCGGUGGGAUCAAGUUUCCCGGCAUUGGCAGUUGGCUGCAGUGCCAGGUGGCAAGCAAAAUUCCACCCGCCUAUCGGACGGAGCAGAGCAUCGUUUCGAGCCCGAAAGACAUGGAUCCGGAAAUUACCAGCUGGAAGGGUGCUGCGGUAAUGUCGUGCCUGGAAAGUGUGGUGGAGCUGUGGUUGACCGAACCGGAAUGGACCCGGUAUGGGUUGCGCAUUUUGCGUGAGAAGGCCGUCUUUAUGUGGUAG